AUGAAGCGUCGAGGCAAAUCGAAGCGCAGAGAUCAUAUUGGCGACUUCUUUGCCGAAUAUCCCGAGUUUGACUAUGACCAGUCUGCGGAGAUAUGGCGAGAAUUCUAUCGCAUGUGCGAUGGAUUCGGCUGGAGAGGGAGGAAUGAUGAGAAAGAGGAGGCGAAGGAGAGAUUCAAGUCAGCAAUGGUUCUUCAGUUCAACGAUCUCUAUGGUACGGACAGAGACGACCUGAAUGCCUGGCAAGGGCUGUGCCGCAUCUUGAACAUCUUUCCACCGCCUACCGAGCUGGACGAAUGCCGAAAGAGAGUUCGACGGACACAUGUAAACCUUGUGGAUCUCGUGGACGCUCCACGGACAGGAGCGCGAGUAGAGGUAUUUACAAAUCUGGAGGAGCUACAGAAAUACACAAUCGACACCGGAAAGUAUUUCCCAAAGGAGGAUGCGUAUGCUGGGGGUUUGCUCAAAUUCUUGCUGCGUGAAAUUUUCGGGAAGCAUAAAGGAGGCCGACAACGUGUUCCUGAUAGAAGACCAGGAUGA